AUUCAAAAUCAUUUAUAAUACUAUAUUUUAAAAAUAGAAAAUUAUCUCUCAUUAAGAAUGAUAGCUGCAAGUAGUUUUUUUUUUUUUAAUUAUGGUCACUAAUUAAGUGCUUUAUUCUUCAGCGAUGGUGUUUUCUGCCUAAUAGAUCAAAGAGAAUUGAUGACAAAGAAAAGGAAGUAACUACAGUAUGGAGAUGAUAAAUGGGACUGCAGUCCAGGAAUUCAUCCUGGAGGGGUUUCCUGCUGUCCAGCAUCUGGGGAAAGUCCUCUUCCUGGUGCAUCUGCGGGCAUAUCUGGGCUCCAUCACAGGAAACAUGGUGAUAAUUACCUUCACCUGGGCUGACCAUCCCCUCGAGACGCCAAUGUUUGUUUUACUCAGCUAUUUCUCUUUCUGCAAAUGCUUUUUUAUCACUACAGUUGUUCCUAAACUGCUGUCCAUCUUUCUUUUAGGAAGGCAAACCAUUCCAUUUAUUGCCUGUGUCAUACAAGCCUUUUCCUUUUUAUAUCUUGGGUCAACAAUUGCUUUCUUCAGGGGUGUGAUGUUCGUAGACUGGUACCUGGCUACUUGCAAUCCUCUGCACUAUUCUACCAUCACGAACCUGAGGGUUUGUGUCUUAUGCUGGGUUCUUUGCUAUACUUUGUCCUUUAUUUUCAUCAUUGGUCUGGCAAUGAAGGUUUCUCAGUUAUCCUUCUGUGGCCCCAAUGUUAUCCCUCAUUUCUUCUGUGACAUUGGACUCUUAACUCAUCUCUCCUGUUCUAACACUCAUUCUUUUGAAACAUAUGUCUUCUUCAUUGCAAUAUUUGUCAUUCUGAUAUCCCUCCUUAUAGCCAUCAUCACAUACAGCCACAUAGUAGUUACAAUUGUGCAUCUCCCAUCAACCAUGGAGCAACAGAAGGCUUUCUGCACCUGCUCAUUCUAUCACAUGAUUCUCUCUCUGAUGUACAGCAGCUGUGUAUUUAUCUAUUUGAAACCAAAGCAAACCAACAGGCUGGACUCCAACAGAGAGGCUGCUCUUGUGAACACUGUCGUGACCCCACUGCUGAACCCUGUCAUCUACACGCUGAGGAACAAGCAAGUCCAUCAGGCUCUGAAGGGUACUCUGUCCAGGGUGAAAUUGCAGAAAUAG